GAGUUCGGAGCCACGUGACUGUUGGGGGUGCUGGCGGCGCCCGCCGGGCUUGGGCUGCGCUGGGCUGGCUUGGGCGGGCACUGCCUUUCCCCGGGUAGGGGAGAGAGUUGACAGAUGUGUCUGAGGAGGUCCCUGGCCGGCCUCACCUUUUGUGCCUGCUACCUGGCUUCUUACCUCAUGAACAAGUAUGUCCUGUCUGUCCUGAAAUUUACCUACCCUACAUUAUUCCAAGGGUGGCAGACAUUAAUUGGUGGACUUUUGCUUCAUGUGUCAUGGAAACUGGGCUGGGUGGAGAUCAACAGCAAUUCAAGAUCUGCUGUUUUGACGUGGCUUCCUGCUUCGGUGCUGUCUGUGGGUAUAAUCUAUGCUGGUUCCAGAGCAUUGUCCAGACUGACCGUCCCUGUAUUUCUCACUUUGCAUAAUGUAGCUGAAGCUAUCAUCUGUGGGUACCACAAGUGUUUUCGGAAGGAGAAAACUUCUCCUGCAAAGAUCUGUAGUGCCCUCUUCCUCCUGGCUGCUGCAGGAUGCCUUCCCUUCAAUGACUCCCAGUUUGAUCCAGAUGGAUAUUUUUGGGCUAUAAUUCACUUAUUCUGUGUAGGAGCUUAUAGGAUACGACAGAAGUCCCAGAAGCCCAACGUGCUAAGUGACAUUGACCAGCAGUAUUUAAACUAUAUAUUCAGUGUGGUGCUGCUGGCAUUUGCAUCCCAUCCCACAGGUGAUCUCUUCAGCGUCCUGGAGUUUCCGUUCCUGUAUUUCUACAGAUUUCAUGGCAGCUGCUGUGCCAGUGGAUUUUUAGGAUUCUUUCUCAUGCUCAGCACAGUGAAGCUAAAAAGCACUAUGGCCCCAGGGCAGUGUGCAGCCUGGAUUUUUUUUGCUAAGGUACUCACAGCUGGUUUAUCGGUAUUGCUGUUUGAUAUGAUCCUGACCCGUGCAACCGUGGGUUGCCUCCUGGUCGGUGGUCUUGGAGAGGCCUUGCUUGUUUUCUCGGAGUGGAAGGGCUCGUAAAGAAGACAGGCACAAAAGUCGGACUCACACAUCGCCAGCUGGAGAAGACAGCACCUUUGCUGCGACCUCUGUGUUGUGUGUGUUGGAAAGAAGAAAGC